CAGAAGAAAUCGGGGUCCUUUCAUAAUAACAAUAUGUCUGCGCUCUGUAGAGGUAGACACCGUUGGAAACGAAUCAAUUGGUGUCAUAUUUUGUGCAGAAACUUGACAGGAAAGUACGACUAUGAUGUGGUCGUUAUUGGAGGUGGCUCAGGGGGCCUUGCCUGCUCCAAAGAAGCUGCACAACUUGGACAGAAAGUUGCUGUUCUGGAUUAUGUGGAGCCCUCUUUGAAAGGCACCAAGUGGGGUCUUGGUGGCACAUGUGUCAAUGUUGGCUGCAUACCAAAGAAACUUAUGCACCAGGCAGCUCUCCUUGGAACUGCAGUCAAAGAUGCUAAAAAGUAUGGGUGGCAGAUCUCGGGACCAGUCUCCCAUGACUGGAUUACCAUGGCUGAGGCUGUUCAAAACCACGUCAGGUCUUUGAAUUGGGGUCACCGGGUCCAGCUCCAGGACAAAAAGGUGAAGUAUCUAAACAUGAGAGGCAGCCUUGUGGAUGAACAUACAGUCAAAGCGGUACCAAAAGCUGGGAAAGAGAUGACCCUGACUGCCAAGAACAUUGUGAUUGCUACGGGUGGCCGACCCAAAAUCCCCACAAAUAUUCCGGGUGCAAUGGAACAUGGUAUCACCAGCGAUGACAUAUUCUGGCUGAAAGAGUCACCUAGAAAAACGCUUGUGGUUGGAGCGAGCUAUGUAGCUCUGGAGUGUGCAGGCUUCCUUACGGGCAUUGGCUUGGACGCGACGGUGAUGGUGCGCAGCAUCGCCCUCCGGGGGUUUGAUCAGCAAAUGGCAGCCUUGGUGACAGACUACAUGGAAUCUUAUGGAACCAAAUUUGUACAGAAGUGUGUCCCCAAGAGAGUGGACAAACUUCCAUCAGGAGCCCUGAAAGUGACCUGGACUGAUGCUCGGACAGGCAACGAACACAAUGAUACCUACGACACUGUGUUAUGGGCAGUUGGUAGAGCUCCAGAAACAAAAGCUCUGGGUCUCAACAAGCUUGGUGUACAACUCAACAAGAAGACUGGGAAGAUCAUUGUUGGUGUGGAUGAAUCUACCUCUGUGCCAAACAUCUAUGCUUUUGGGGACAUAGGCCAGGGUCGUCCUGAAUUAACACCCACAGCUAUUAAAGCAGGAAAACUCCUCGCCCGCAGACUAGCUGGCCACGGCUCAGACCUCAUGGACUAUGAUAAUGUGCCAACUACUGUGUUCACCCCUCUUGAAUAUGGCUGUGUGGGCCUAUCUGAGGAGGAGGCUGAAAUCAAGCAUGGCAAAGACAACAUAGAGGUUUACCAUGCCUUCUACAAGCCUCUGGAAUUCACUGUGGCAGAGCGUGAUGCUACCCAGUGUUACUUGAAGGUGGUAUGCGAGCGGCAUGGUGACCAGAAGAUCUUGGGUCUGCACUUCACUGGUCCAAAUGCAGGAGAAGUCACGCAGGGCUUUGCCAUGGGCCUCCAGUGUGGUGCCACAUAUUCGCACCUGUCGGGGACAGUUGGGAUCCACCCGACCUGCGCCGAGGAGCUAACCAAGAUCAACAUCACCAAACGUUCUGGACUGGAUGCCACAGUCACCGGUUGCUGAGGUUAAAGCCCCGGUCUCUGAACACUGAGCACACAGGCUAGAAAUAGGUUAGUUGUGUCCAAAUUAUAAUUCUGGUUCAGCCUGCUCUUUCCUACUCAUCCAUCUAAUUGUAGUUUAUGGUAUGCCAGUCACUAACUGUUGGUAGUCAAGUGUAUAUUACAGGGAAUACUUUUUUUUAAAGCUCACCAUUAUAAUGUAUUGUUGCCAGUUGAAUCAGUAUAUUCUCAUGGUGCAAAGUUUCUAAAUCAGAUUUGCAAAAGCCUCGGCCGCAGAGAGACGUUUGAAGGAAAGACUCAUAAAUCAGGAUUAAACCCCGUUCUCAGGGUGUCGUUGAAAUUAUGCAAGAAACACAGAGCAGGUUCGCACAUUUUUCUUAAAAUAUAUUCUCCAAAUAUUGUUGUUACUGUGGCUGUACUUCCUGUCCAUUAGUCUUUAAGGUGACACAUACCAAAACGCCCCCCCCCCCCUACACUCCUCCCUCUAUGACACUGAUGGAUGGCCCCUGGCCCGUCGCCGCAGCGACACCGCCCCAUUUCCCACAAAGAGUCGCUGGUCAGUUGGUCAGGCAUCCUGGAAAGACUUGCCCAGAGAGAUGGGCCUCUCGUACGGUUUAGAAGCCUCUCCUUAUCAUACCAAACUCUCUGACGCGACAUAAAACAAUACCGCAGAACGGUAAACAUCUGCAGGCUGAGAGCAUGCAGCAGCACUCUGUGGGCACCACUGCUUGAGCAGCUCCGCAAGUGCUGUCUUACUCAUUGUUACCCAAAGGUGGCACUAUUGCCUGCUAAUUUUCAUCCAGAGUGGAAAAGAAAGGAUAAAGUUGUCACCAGAUAAAACCUAAACUCUACUACAUUUGUCUUGUUGGUUUAAUUCCCUUAAUCCCCCACAAGUGAUAUGCGUUUUGUUGAAGUUGGAGAGUAGACUGGAUUGAUUGGUGCUCCAACCGCUAAGGUUUAUCUCGCGUAUUUACAUGGAUGGAAGGUUCACGCUCAGUAGUCAUCACCUUCUGAGAUAAGCUAAGUUGUUUAUAUCAAUAGCCGUAAUAGCAGAUAAAAGAGUUUGCCAAAGUGCCCGCAUGUUUAACCUGCUGACUAAACUGGAAUUUCUCAUUGUGGCUUAUUGAGCAGAAGGGGAGGAGUGCCCAAACUGGGUUGCUACACAAAUUUGGGGGCUGAAAUGGUGGGUGUUAGUUUAUUUUUAAUCUGCCCGCUCUGAUUAAUGAUUCCGAUGAGGGGAGUGACAGCGUGCCUGGCGAUGGAAAAAGAGAGAGCAGGCUACCAGGUUUAUUUGGACCUGGCCUGGGAGAGAAUGAGCUGAGUUUCAGCUGGGUUGGGGAAGGAUGGGGAGGGGGGGGGAUUCCUGUGUGCUCUGUUCAGGGCCCGAGUGCUGACAGAAGAACCCUGACCUCCGCUCAGCAGGAACAGCUUGACUCUAUCACUCUGAGGACAGAGGGCUCACGUGCUAUGGUGCCGCGAGUCGGUUUUGGAUGAAGGGGGGUACCAUAUGACCGCAACACCGAGCUGAUAAUUGAGUCUAUGUUCCUGUGCUUAGCAACACGGCGGAUCAGGGUUCAACAUUUCAGGUAACCAGCUAAUGAUGACCUGCACUAAAACCCAAAACUGGGGAAUGCUGGGCUGAUGUCUCCUGGUUGCCAACUUCAACUUCAAACGUUGUAAAAAGAAAAGAGAAAUCUCAUUUUCCAUGAAGACUUUGUGUUAUGAAAUGUAUAUGUAAAGUAAUAACACUGGCAUGCAUAGUGGUUAUAUUAAGGUUGGGAUGUCCACUGAUUAUACGUGUACAUAGUACAUGCAUGUACAUACAGUGUGCCUUUGUCUAAAUUAUUGUAUAAUUAUCAUAUUCCAUGAACAAAUAAAAUAUUUCAACAGCUCA